UAGGUUAAGCGAUAAAUAACCUCUAACGGCCGCCAAAAAACUAACCUACUUCCUUUGUUUUCCGUAACGGCGGGAAAUUUGAAUGGACGCUUCGAUUUCAAAAUGAGCACCUUCGAUGGAGUCGUUCAAGAAAUACCGUUUAUUUCAGUCGAUCGAUUUGAUGUUAAACGUGAACCUAUGCCGAAAAUUUUUUUUCUAACACAUUGCCAUACAGACCACACUAAAGAUAUAUUCGAUUUUACCUUUCAAAAGAAAUUAAUUGAAAAUAAUGCGUUUGUUUAUGCGACCUCUGUUACUAUAGCCGUUUUAAAAAAGGAUUAUAAUCUUUCUUAUAUUUUUUCCCAAUUGAAAGAAAUAGAGGUUGGGAAAACUACCCUCAUUAGUUACAAAGAUGAUGAUGAAAAUGAGCAACAUUUACAAGUUACAGCAAUAACAGCAGGGCAUUGUCCUGGUUCUGUUAUGUUUUUCUUUGAAGGUGAUCAAAACGUUUUAUGUACAGGCGAUUUUCGUAUCGAUCCAUCAGAAUUACAUAAAUUUAAAGUAUUUCAUACUUCAACUGAUCGCAAAAAAACUAUCGAUGCUAUUUAUUUAGAUAGCACAUUUUUCUCUAAAAAAUACCCACAUUUUCCUUCUCGCAAAGAAACCUGCGACGCAUUGUGUAAAACCAUUCAAGAUUGGCUCGAUCAAGCACCCGAUCGAAAAGUCUUUUUAAAAUUUCCCGCAAAAUAUAGUGCGGAAUACUUAUUUAUCGCGUUAGCAAAAAAUUUAAAACAAAUAAUCCAUGUACCAACGUCAAAACGUUUAUAUAGCUUUAUUCCCGAAAUGGAUGAUGUAGUUUCAAGUCAAAAUGAUAUUAAUAACUACAGAAUUCAUACCGGUUUAUACUUUAAUUCGAAAAAUUCUAAUUAUUCAUGUUGUUAUUUCAACGAUAAAAAAUCGAUACUUUUAAUUAUUUUAACGGCUACAAUAUGGGAAAAUUUUUCGUCGAAUAAGAGUCCAGUUAAGAUUUGCGAGAACGAAAAUGUGGAAACGAUUAGAAUCUGUUUAUCGUUUCAUCCAUCAUAUAAAGAAACUAUAGAUUUCUUAAAAUAUUUAAAACCGAAACGAGUCGAAUUAUGUGUUGUACCUGAGAAGGAGGAGGAUAAAGAAGAAAUGGAACAGUUACUUGAUACUGUUUUGAAAGAAAUUUGGAAAGAUACUACAAAUAAAGAGGGAAAUGUAAAAAGAUUUAAGUUUAAAACAUAUGAUUCGUUUGAAUUUAAAGAAGAAAAUGAUGUAUGUGUUAACAACGGUUACACUAAUGUUAAAAAAGAUUUGUUGUCUUCUCCUCCUAGAAAAAAAAAGGAUGUGAAC